UGCGUCCGCCCCUACCGCAGCUCGAAAAGUAGGCCGGGUCUUUGUUUCUGGAAAAUCGAUCCGAAGUUCUCUCUUUUUCUUCGUGGACUGGUGGUCCUUUUCAACAAUGUUUGCGCAGCAGGCUACGGAGUCGAAAUCCUCGGAAACCCUCUCCAACACCCUACUUGGCAUCACAUGGACACUGUUCGGCAUCGCAACCAUCAGUUUCGGCGCGCGGCUCUAUCUGCGAUGGAAGCGCUUUGGACGCCUGUUUUGGGAUGAUCUCUUCGUCUUCUUGGCGUGGGUCUUCUGCGUGCUGUUGGGGGUGCAGGUUGUGCUGUCGCUGCGCAGCGCGGAUCAGAAAACCACGACGGCCAACAAGCACGAUUCGCUCUUCAUCAGUAGACCCAUCGUUCAGUUGUGCUUCUACUCCUCAGUUUGGAGUAUCAAGGUCUCGUUCCUGCUCUUCUUCCGCCGUCUGAUCGGCGUCGUGUUGAGACGCGUUAGAAUCUAUUGGGUAAUCACUCGUUCCCUAAAUAUGGUGAUCAUGGAUAGAGUCGCUGACUUUUGCUAUGGAACUGUGUGUUUAUCUUCGUCCUUGCCAGCUUUUUGUUGACGUGGGCCUUCAACCCGUAUCACUGCUGGGCAACAAAAGGGAUAAUAGCUUGCAACGGAGACCCACUGGGAGAGAAGCU